UGGUGGUUCGGCAUUUGUUGUUCGUAAGAGAUUACUUACUAGCUAGCCUAGCAAGCUACUAGCAAUCUUCGGUAGAUUCUAUCUAAACAGCUGACGGAUAUUCAAAGAAUGUCGGUGUCCCUGUAACCAUAUCUGUUGUUUCUGACAGUGUCUAUACCUAACUGAUUAAUCAUUUCUUAUCAAUUUGGGCUGCAGACAUCUAGUCUUAACAGCUCAUCAAAAAAAUAAGACCUGAUUUUAUUUCCUGGCCGCUGCGCUGUCAAAGAAGCAGAAACGACAACGGAUGGCAGAGGCAACACUUUUCGUGGGCCCGACAUAGACGGACACCAAUUUGGACUUUGAUGAGUAAUGAACCUAAAUCCAUUUUGGAGCAUGUCUACCAAUCCCGGUCGUAAGAGAUCUGAUAGCGAGGAGCAGAGUGGUCAGGGCGAGCAGAGAGCCAGCCCCGCCCGGCCGCCCUUUGGAAAGAAGCAGCUGCCCUCCAUCCCGAAGAACGCGGUCCCCAUCACCAAGCCAGCCUCCCCUGCCGCCUCAGUCCAGGCAGCCAACGGCACACACGCCUCCUAUGGCCCCUUCUACCUGGAGUACUCGCUGCUGGCUGAGUUCACGCUAGUGAUCAAGCAGAAACUCCCAGGAAUCUAUGUACAGCCAUCGUACAAAUCAGCACUGAUGUGGUUUGGGGUCAUAUUCAUCAGACAUGGCUUGUACCAGGACGGUGUCUUCAAAUUCACUGUGUACAUCCCAGACAACUACCCUGACGGGGAGUGUCCUAGAGUUGUCUUCGACAUCCCAGUGUUCCACCCCCUAGUGGACCCAGUGUCAGGAGAGCUCGAUGUCAGGAGAGCCUUCAACAAGUGGAGACGCAAUCACAACCACAUCUGGCAAGUCCUGAUGUACGCACGCACAGUAUUCUACAAGAUCAGCACCCUGGAGCCACUUAACCCAGAGGCCGCUGUGCUGUAUGACAAAGAUGUGCAGCUGUUCAAAAGCAAGGUGGUAGACAGUGUGAAACUAUGCAACAGUCACCUCUUCGACCAGCCGAAGAUUGACGAUCCGUAUGCAAUAAGCUUCUCACCAUGGAACCCAGCUGUCCAUGACGAGGCAAAGGACCGGAUGUUCACACACAAAAGACGGCCUGAAGAUCACCACAAGGGCCUGCAGGUGUCAGGACUGUCCUGGGUGAAGCCAGGAACCACACAGCCCUUCAGCAAAGAUGACAACCCACCCCUAAGCUGAGCAUGCAGUCCUGCCAAAGAGCCACUAGAGGGAGGCGCAGAGCAGAAUACCAUGCCACAGAAUGCACCUCAGCUGAUCAUGCUAAUUGGCGCUCUGAACCAGUUGGAUGGACUCCAUUUUUAAGUCAACACUUGCUCAGCUUUAAAAGCAUUGUAGGCAUCUGCUCAGAUGGCUUCAGAACUAAAGAGUAUUUAUCUGUAAAUGUAAAGCAACUACGACAACUGGAUGUCUAGUAACACUAUAGGCUGCAAUGCAAUCAAAGAGCUUUUUGAUUUCUUUAGAUCCUCGCACAUGCAUUGGGGUUGGUUAUGAUACCCUUUCAAUGAUGGUUGAAUAAGAGCCAGAGAAUAAGCAUCUUCAUCGAUUAGAGUUGGGCUGUAAUGUCUGUAUGGCCACAAUUUUGUCUGUAGAUUGAUGACCACUUGUUAGUGUGUUUAGGACUGGUUAUUAAUGGGACAUUGGAAUGUUUUUGGAGUCCAGAGGUUGGGUGCAAAAGUUAUAAUUUCUUGUUUGACCACAUUUACGCGUUGUCAAAUUUAAUUAGAUUCAAUUUUUAUGUUUUUACUUAUUUGGUUAUCUAAAUUGUUCUAUUAACUGUGUAAACGCUUGUCUUAUAGUUCAUAAUAUAUAUAUGAGGCUGAGCAGGAAUUUACGGUUUUAAUUUAAUUAAAUAAUCUCUUGUACUUUACUCAUUUAAUUUUUUAAAAAUAUUUUAAGCCUACACUUAAUCAGUUUAUUGGUGUGAUCUGUAAAUAAUGGAUGCUGUGGAAAUAGCUGACCUCGACAGGAAUAAUUUUCUUGCUGAAGCUUGUCGGCUCUAUACGCUGUGAAUUCGGUAAACGUAUAUAUUUUUUUUCUACUUCACGUUGCCCUGUAGACUUUUGAACAUGUGUUGGCCUACUUAUUUCACCCCCCUAAAAUCGAACAGUCGUCAUCAGUGUCUCAACGGCAGUGCUGUAUUGGCAAUGCGUGUUUAAAGGCUUUUCUGUCUGAAGACGAAUAAACAGAUUUAUGCAUA